AUGCCUGUGCGGUCGCCGGCAUUUCGCCGGCGCACCGGGCCACGAUGCACUGGCAAGGCGUCCAAUGUUGGCAUCUGGGUCACCGAUGCCGUGCUCCUGCAGGCCAUUGAACAGUACCAGCUAGCUGUAGCGAAAUCAUGUCGCCGAAUAAGCUCGCACGCGGGACCCCUUGAAAGCCGCCGUCGAGCCGCAAAACGACACAUGACCGGCGCGUUACCAACGACUCAUCCCUUUCCAUCCAUCUGGCAGUUUGACGUCCCACCCACUACAGUGCAAUGGGAAGCGCCCACUACCCAAGAAUACCGACGUAAUAAGCGAGACCAAAUCAGCGUGUCCAGUAUGGUCAACCGUUUUGUCGGGUGGCUGGAGAGCUCUCUCUCAGCUACAGGCCCCUCCAUAUCACUUCCCAAAGCAGAGUCUUUGACCGGGACUGUUUUCACGGAAGCUCUAGCAGUCAACUCAGUUGCCGAAACUGUCGUCGUUCCGAACUCAAUUUUGGAGGAACCGGACCCGUUAGCGUACCUCCCUGAAGAAAUCAUCGCAUUUCGAUCGAGUAUAUGCAAUUUUAAGAUGGUCGACGUCGGUACUCUAAACAAUUUAACAAAAACAUGUCGACAGUCAUUUCGCCGGAGAAUUAUGCGAGGAGACAUGUCUGUCAAUACCAUGCUGGCCGCCUUAGACCCCCUGGACUCAGCCGCGGAAGCCCGUCUUCCCUCAACGGAGACAGCAAACAAGAUACGCGCCACGAUUCGACGCUCAAUUCUAUACGCCCUGGUGGAUGCCCAGAAGCAGAGUCCUGGGUCCGUUGCCCAUGACCUUUGGCUAGCCUUCCUCGGUAGGAUCUGUGCUGACGGCGGCAGCGAAAAUCAUCAUGUUCAGCUUUUCUGGAGCAUCAUGAACGUUCUGCCGUCCUCUGUCAAAGAGCUCAUACCAAUGGGGCAAAUACAUAACCUGACUAGCACAUUUGUUGCUGCUCAAGCCAACCGACCGAGUCGCUUUGCCAAUUGGUCUCUUCGAGCCGCCAGAUUCGGUCGAUCGCUUGCCUCGCUGAACACAGAGCAACGACGUGAGCUUGACGAUAGUAUGAGGAUGUUUCUCCUUGAGCAGGAUUGUGCUCCGGAGACAAUCAAACGGAUGCGAUUCGCAUGGCUAGCAAUUACGGCUCACGACGCCAAUGUAACCACCGGCGAAUUCAUCCGGAAUUUUUAUGCUUGCAUUGGUAAAUUCACCCAGUUGCAGGGCCAGCAGCUGUGGCGGAUCUUGAUGUCCAGAUUAAGCGCCAUUGGUGCACUGGAUGACGAGGCGACCAAACAGCUUGCGGAGUCGCCAUACAUUUCCAUGGACCAGCGAUGGACCGCUUUAGUGACAUAUAUUAUGGCGUUUGGGAAUAAGGAUGUCGGAUUACGAGAGAUGUGCGACGUUCUGAGUCGCAUCAGACACUUUGAUACCGUUGUGCGAAGCUUGACAGCCAAUCCUUCUCGCAAUUCCGAAAGACACAUCCUGCCAGCACUUGCUUCUGCAUGCGACAACCACCGGCAAGCCCUCGAAAUAUUCGACUCGAUCCCAAGACGCCAACCGCAUUUCAGACGCCCAAACUGGAGUUGGACCUUAUGGGCCAAGUAUAUGGAGCAAAUGAUCAAGGAUCCCAAAAUCCGGCCCAUACGUGUCUGGCACGUCCUCAACUGCGACCACUGGUACAACUCCAACAACCGCGCCACACCUGAGGAAACAAGAGCGAAGACGCAACUUUUAGAAAAAAUGGCCCUGUGGUUCUUGGAAGCACCGCACCUCAACAGCCGCCAAAUUUUACGCAACAUCGGGAAAUGCAUCUCCCACCAAGGAACCCUGACAAACGGAGUCUCAUCACCGAUGCUUGCCCACUUGGCACACCAUCUUUCUCGGGAUCUAGAGGUUGGAGGAACAGGAAACACAGCUCGCAUGGAGUGGCUGUUGACCAUGGUAUCUCAGUACCAUGGGGUAGACGAAGCAAAGAGAGCUGCUGAGGCGCUAAAUGGGUGGCGAGCACAAACUGGAUGGGAAGGUCCAGACAAGCUUUAG